AUGGUGAAUUCCGGCUUGUGGGCGCCAGAAAUAAGAAUGUCUAAGCCCCUGGAGCUGGAGAAGGCGCGACUGGACCUGCAAGAGGAGCACACAGAUACAGAAAGAAAUGGACCUGACACAAACCACCAGACCCAGCAGAGCAAACCUUCCCCGUUCUCCCCAUCCCCAACCAGCACGGGCAGCAAGAUCAAAGCUGAAGACCCCACAGAAAUGCCUCCGGCACCGGCCCCCCCAGCCCAGCAGCCGCAUCUACCCCAAGCCCAGCUUAUGUUAGCUGGCAGCCAGCUGGCGGGGGACAUUCAGCAACUGCUCCAGCUCCAGCAGCUGGUCCUUGUUCCAGGGCAUCACUUGCAGUCGCCUGCCCAGUUCCUGCUACCACAGGCCCAGCAGGGACAGCAGGGGCUGCUCUCGACACCAAAUCUCUUUCAGCUACCUCAGCAAAACCCAGGGAGCCUCCUGCCGAACCAGCCUCGAGCAGGGCUCCCAGCACAGCCACCCAAAUGCCUGGAGACCCCGUCACACCCUGAGGAGCCCAGCGACCUGGAGGAGCUGGAGCAGUUUGCCCGCACCUUCAAGCAGCGGCGUAUCAAGCUGGGCUUCACACAGGGUGACGUGGGGCUGGCCAUGGGGAAGCUUUAUGGGAAUGACUUCAGCCAGACAACCAUCUCACGCUUUGAGGCGCUCAACCUCAGCUUUAAGAACAUGUGUAAGCUCAAACCUCUGCUGGAGAAAUGGCUCAAUGAUGCUGAGACAAUGUCUGUGGACUCCACGCUUCCCAGCCCCAACCAGCUGAGCAGUCCCAACCUGGGCUUUGACGGGCUGCCGGGUCGGCGCCGCAAGAAACGGACCAGCAUCGAGACCAAUGUCCGCUUCGCAUUGGAAAAAAGCUUUCUCGCGAACCAGAAGCCUACCUCAGAGGAGAUCCUACUUAUCGCCGAGCAACUGAACAUGGAGAAGGAGGUGAUUCGCGUCUGGUUCUGCAACCGCCGCCAGAAGGAGAAGCGGAUCAACCCUUGCAGCACGGCUCCCAUGUUACCUGCCCAGGGCAAGCCCCCCGGCUACAGCCCCCACAUGGUGACCAGCCCAGGCACCGGCACAAGUCUGCCCCUCUCCCAGGCUUCCAGUAGUCUGAGCACAACAGUUACUACCUUAUCCCCAACAGUCUGCUCCCUGACCCCCAGUCGGACAGCGGUGGGAGCAGGGGGCACCGCCCUCAACUCAGUCACGCCUCCCCCAAGCAACAGCACAAAUCCUAGCCCCCAGAGCAGCAGUCACUCGGCUAUCGGCUUGCAAGGCCUGAAUCCCAGUACGGGAAGCACAGUGCUAGGGGUGAACGCCGGGUUAAACCCAGCGCUAAUGGCCACCAACCCGCUGGCCACCAUUCAAGCAUUGGCCAGUGGUGGAAGCCUGCCAAUUACCAGCCUUGAUGCCAGUGGUAACUUGGUCCUGGGUACCACAGCGGGCACGACCGGAAGCCAGAGCAUCGUGACCUCUCAGCUGUUCCUCAACCACGCAGGCCUACCCUUGCUGAGUGCUGCCCCGGGAGGAGUGGGGCUGGUGUCGGCGGCCGCCGCCGCCGUGGCCGCCUCCAUGCCCAGCAAGUCCCCCACCUUGACCUCCUCCUCCUCUUCCUCCUCCUCCUCCUCCUCCUGCUCUUCAUGCAGCUCCUCCAGCGACCUGGCGCAGACUCUGGGGCAGGCUGGUCCCGGAUCCACCGAGCCGGACGCCAAGACGGAAUGA